AUCAGUUCCACUCGGCAUGUCGACCACCCAAGUGCUUUAUCCCCGCCUGCCGCUGCUGCUGCUACUGCUGCUGGCAGUGGUUCCGUUUCCGCCGGAGGUUACUGCGGACAGUGCACCGUGCACACCGACAACCAAUGUCGUUGCGAGUCCCAAUUACAACCCCGCCAAUCCAUGCGGCACAGGGCAGAUCCACUCUGGGCACAGCACCAUUGUGAAUGUUUUCACUGGGGCCAGCAAUGGACAAACUGCAACAGGGUGCGGCCCUGCAGCUCAGAUUCCAGCGCCCCCUGCGACGAGUCCUUGUCCCAAUGCUCCUAUCCAACCGAAUCCUUGUCCCACUGCACCUCUUCAGCCGAGUCCUCCUGCGAAUCCUUAUCCCAAUCCUCCUGUGAAUCCCUGUCCAAAUCUUCCAGUGAAUCCUUAUCCAAAUCCUCCAGUGAGUUCUUAUCCCAAUCCUCCUACUCCCGGGAAUCCUUGUCCGAAUCCUCCAGUGAGCCCUUAUCCCAAUCCUCCUACUCCCGCGAAUCCUUGUCCAAAUCUUCCAGUGAAUCCUUAUCCAAAUCCUCCAGUGAAUCCUUAUCCCAAUCCUCCUGUUCCAGCGAAUCCUUGUCCAAAUGCUCCAGUGAAUCCUUAUCCAAAUCCUCCAGUGAGUCCUUAUCCCAAUCCUCCUACUCCCGCAAAUCCUUGUCCGAAUCCUCCAGUGAAUCCUUAUCCCAAUCCUCCAGUGAAUCCUUGUCCAAAUCUUCCAGUGAAUCCUUAUCCAAAUCCUCCAGUGAAUCCUUACCCCAAUCCUCCUGUUCCAGCGAAUCCUUGUCCGAAUGCUCCUGUUCAUCCUACGCCCUACUACCCCACCACCAGUCCUCCACCCACAUAUCCAACACUUCCACCAACAACCACGCCACCACCAACUUAUCCACCUCCCACCUAUCCACCACCGCCCACGUAUCCAACACUUCCACCAACAACCACGCCACCACCUGCCCCCAUCAUACGGUGUCCUCCUGGAACGAUUCUAAUUAGCGGCACCUGUCGCCUGGUGUACUGUGCAACAGGACGCUAUAUGAAUGGCCGUUGUGUGCAGACCCAAUGCCCUCAGGGAUAUGUGUGGACGGGCCUGCGAUGUGACAGACCCAAGAUCAAGGAGCUGGGACCCAUCCACCUGGAGACGACGGUGCUCAGCAAGGCAACGGGCCAGUUGGUGACGAACAACGUGAACAACGUACAAGUGGAUGCACCCAUAUCGAUACCCGGUUAUGACUACGAUGAUGAAGAAGAAUAUGUGGAAGAUGUGGUCACACCUCCGUCCAGACCAGCGACCGGAUGUUGCAAUGUGAUUGCUCCACGCAUCUGCAGCGGCCCAGCCAACGGCUCGGGUGGCUACAAAUGCGCCAGCCGCAGCCAGCAGCAGUGCGGCAGCAUCUGUCAGGCCAACAAGAUGGUACUGGCACCCUCGCAGCUCACCAGCUGGACGACGAACAACAACCAGAUGCUGGCAAUGCCCCCAAACUGGGCACAGGGCCAGGCGUGCCAGGCCACUGGAUCGUGCCAGCAGACUCAGAAUUACUACGAUUGCAGCGGGUGUGGCAGUGGCGAUGUGAGCACCUGUUCCACGUACUGUUAUAAUUACCGUUGCAGCGGACAUGGCUGCGCCUAUUAUGAUCAGGCUCAAUACUGUGCCCAGUACUCAGGACAGGUCGGAUGCCGCCAGGAGGAUGGCUGGUUCUCAUGAUCCCGAAUGAAUAUUACCGGAGGGAAAAUUGCUAUAAAGUUGCUAUUGUGAAUAAAUUAUUACUUUUCAAGU